AUGCACGACGCGCCACACUCUCCCAGUCGCCCCGCGCGCCCGCGAAACCCCUCCCACAGCCUCAGCCUCAGCAACAGCGCCCCCUCGCCCACGACGCGCCCCUCCACCGCGCCCGCCCCCGACCCGACCUUCUCUCUCCUCCUCUCCCUGCCGAGCGAAUUGCGCGACAGAGUAUACAGCUUCGCGCUAACCUCCGCCUUCCCCUUCUGGUGGCCCAACACGUCGCCACUAAAACACAACGUGGGCGUCAGCCUGCUGCGCGUGAACCGGCAGGUGCAUGAUGAAGCCGCGAAAGUGCUCUACCAGGGCAACAAGUUCCUCUUCACGCACCCGAGCGACUGCAACAUCUUCCGCGUAGUCGCGGGCCCGCAGGCCGAGAAGAUCGCGGAAGUGUAUUUCCGCGUGCGCGAGAAGGACUUACGGCUAUGGACGGGGUAUCUGGGGAGUCGGCGCGGAGAGAGGAGUUUGCGCGGGGACCUGCCCGGGCUGAAGAGGAUGUGGGUGUUUAUGCGGUGCGGGGGUGUGGGCAUGGGCAUGGCGCAUCUGGGCGGCGGUGCUAUGGCGCAGGGCCAUGUGUUGGCGCAGGUGGUGGGCGGCUUUGUCGGUCAGCAUGCUGCGCUGGGGAACGCACAAGCUCAAGCUCAAGCACAAGCACCGCCGCCACCUCCUCCUCCACCACCGCAACUACAAGCAGGGGCUCAACCUCAACCUCCGCCUCCGCCCCCUCCCCCGCCUUUCAUCCACUUUGCCCACCCCCAACACCCCGCCCCCGUCCCCGCCCCCGCUCCAAACCCCCAACCCCUCUUCUCCACCUUCCUCCGCUUCGAGCGCGAACUCGGCAUCGAAGCCCUGUGCCUCUCACUGCAGGAGACGCGCAACGCCGCCACAGACGUCAAGAUCGUGUGCAUCAUGCGCGUCCCGCGGCGCGAGGUCGAGCGCUUGCUGCGCAUGUAUCCUGACGAGCUGGUUGUGGAUCGCGCGGGGGAUGCGAGGACGAGGUUUAGGCGCGUGCAUGGCGUUGAUGUCAGUCUGGAGGUUAGUGGGUUUGAUGCUGGUGCGGGGCCAGGGUGA